AUGGCCUUAAUUGACAACAGAAUUACAGACAGACAGGACUGCAUCUUAGGUGCUGCUAGGGGAAACCUUGCUUACCAAAAAUUUAUGUUUUCAGUCUAUCCAAAAUUUGCUCUGGAUUUGAAAUCUGCAAAUAUAGAUAAAACUUUAUCUUUUAUACAUCACUUUGAAAGAAGUGACCUUAUGAACCCAGGUGAUAAACCAUUCACCAUAACCUAUCUCAUAGGAUAUGCCCUGACCAAUAGUCACCAUAGCAUAGACUACAAGAAAGACGAGUACAUCGAACUUGAUGAUGUCUUUUCAGAAAUAGGCCAUGUCAAAGAUAAACAAUUCUGCGACAUAAAUCCUCAAGAUAUAGGAGAAAGCUCAGAAAGAAAAGAUAGUGCAUCUUUAUGUCUUGCAAGCAAAUUCAUCAUUCCGGAUGAGCUCUGGGAAAAUGCUCCCAAAGAAAUUAGUGCCACUAUUGCAAAUGGUGAAACCAUAAUGAUAAAUAAAGUUACAGAAGCCUAUAGCAAAGGAAAACCAGAUUUUCUUAAAACUCAAGAAAAAGGCUCUAAAGAAAAACAAAUUCCGGGUACUAAUAUAACCCAAGAAGGAAUUAAUGAAGAAAGGAUAUUUCUAUUCAAACUACCAGGUUUCAAACAGAUUGAAGAUCUUCUUGAAAAAGUUUGUUCUGAAAAUCCUAUUGAUCCAGAUAAAACCAAAGGAUGGAUGAAAGCUUCAAUAAGCUCAUUAAUCCCAAAACGGUUAUUAGAGAAAAACCUAUGGUUUACUCUCCACAAGAUAGAGAAGAAUUCUCCAAACAAAUCAAGGAAUUACUUAAUAUGA